AUGCAAGGGCUUGUGGAGCAACGAUUUGGAAUGGAAUCUUUGAGGUCAAUUGAGAAAUGCCGAGAAUUGCUCUCGAAAAAUUUUGACAAUUUCACAAAUUAUACAGUGGCUUGCACUUAUAAAUUACUGAGUCGAUAUGAAAUGGGAUAUGGAAGGGUUAAUUAUUCGAGAUUCUAUCUGAAUUGUGUCAAGUCCUAUUUUGAUGGAAAUGAGCCAAAGAAUUCAUUUGAGAGGAAUAUGAAACAAUUGAUUAGAACAGCUGAAAUUGUGGACUCACAUAAUGAGAUGGGUCAUUUAUUUGUCAAGAAUUUGCCAGAAAUAUUUGAAGCAAUUACCAAUCUUCCAUUACCAGAUGAAAUUAUUAAGGUAUUGCAGCAAGACUCCGUCAACUCAACUAAUUAUUUGGAUCAAAUGAAAAUUAUUGAAAUAAUUGUAAAUCACACUGUCCAAUUCUCUAAAGAAAAGACAAAUUCCUAUAAGACAGAAGAACAGAGAAAGUUUAUUGACAACUAUCUUGAGAAUUUCAAAUCCAUCUUUUUGAAUGGUUUGAGCAUUUCAAUGCUUAUGCGCUCUGGACAGGGAAAUGAACUAAUUGAAGAAGCUGCUUUGAAAGUUACCUAUUCAUCAGAGACUGAAUACUUUCCCUUGCUUCCUAUAUUUGUUCUGCCAUAUGUUGCUUUGGCCAGUCGUUUCCAUUUACAAAUAGUGAAACAGAUCGAAAAUGGGCAAACACAACAGGAAAGCAAGAAGAAUCCAACAAGUGUAGAUUAUUACGAAAUUCUAGCCAAAGAUUUACUAGCUUUGAGAGUGCUUGCAAAGAGAUACAAACGAGUUGAAUUUUCUUAUGGAACCAUGAUGAAUGAAAUGGACGAAAUUUUAAAGAAGAAAGUUGAACAAUCAUCUCAACAGAAUGUGGAAUUCAGCACAACUUCUGACGUGGCCACGCCACAAACUACUCACGUGGAGAGUUCUUGUCUAAUUGAUGAACAGCCACUUUCCUUUUUAUUGGGAUUUGUUAAUGAGGCAGCUCAACACUCACAACCAUUCGAAAGUUCAAACCAACACAUUGCAGAAAAUCCAUUCCACUUUCUUUCUGAGGAUUUUUCACAAAUGCUCUCUCCCGAUUUUUCAUUCUUUUAG